AAUCACAAAAACACAUUCAAAGACUGCACCGUUCAGUUCAUUUCCGGUUGUUUAUGUUUUUACGUUUUCCGACAGUUUUGGAAAGAAGUGUCGAAAUGUCAAUAAAUACAGCUCAUGCGAACGGCGGUGUUUUAAUAUUUGCCGGAGAAAGAAUACUCCUGUACUGUGAUGGAGUGGAAAUGGGGUUUGAACCUAACUCUAUACCACAUUUCAAGGGAAACAAAAAUGGAACGGUUUAUCUAACUACACACAGGGUGCUUUUCACAAACAAGAGUAAGAAAGAUAUGUUGCAGUCAUUUAGUGUGCCAUUUCUCCAGAUGAGAGAGGUUGAACUGGAACAGCCAGUAUUUGGGGCCAAUUAUAUCAAAGGAAAAAUGAUUGCCGAACAAGGAGGUAACUGGACAGGGGAUGGAAAAUUUAAGAUGUGGUUUAAGAGUGGUGGUGCGAUAGAGUUUGGACAGGCUAUGCUGCGUGCAGGAAAACUAGCAUCGAGAAACAGACCAGCACAGCCUCCAGCAUAUACUCCACCCCAGGGACCAAUCUACCAAGCCCCACCACCAGCUUACAGUGCUCCACACACAGAAUACUACGCAUGGGUUCCAUAUCAAACAUUCCCUACUGCUCCACCGCCUGAGUAUGUAUACACAACAGAUGCUCCUCCCCCAUACCCUGGAGUGGACCCAGCCUAUCCUCCCCCACAGGCAAUGUCAAAUGGGAUGUCCUCGGCAGAUGCCAAGGCAAUGGAGGCUGCAGGCAAUGGUUAUUACAAUCCUGCAAACCCACAUAAUGUAUACACCCCGGCACUAUACCCAUCUGCGCCGCCAUCAUAUGAUGAUGUCACAAAGAAAAAUCAAUGAUCUUAUUAUAAAUCAAGGCAACUUUAAUACGCGAUCCUGAUGAAGUCAUAAAGAAAAAUCAAUUAUAGACAAUUAUCAUUGCUCUUACUAUACAUGAAUCUGUCAUAAAGCAGUUUACAGUCACGACUGUAAGUGUAGCCAUUAUAAGAAACUCUAAACUUUUGAGACUCGCAUUACAUUUGAAAUGUUGAAAAGGAAAUCUUUAUAAAGUGAUGUGUAAGUAUUACAAUUAUUUUAACCCCAAAUAUUUCAGAUAUUCUGUAUGCAUACUCAGAAUUUCUACAAAUGAUAGAAUUAUUUGUAGUGUUCAAAAAAGUUUAUUCUAUCUUAAAAUGUCUUAUUUUAGAAUAAACAAACCAUCCUUCUGGGUCUUGAAAUAUUGAAAUAAAUACUACUGUUACUGUUGAAAAGUUAAGGGAAAUUAACCUUUCUGAAAUUUGGGUAAAGUAACUGUUUUACUACCCCUUGUUCUUUAGAAAUAAAAGUAUAGGUGAAAAAUAUUAGGGCCUUGGGUGUGGACAAAGCAUAUGCUGGCAUGUUGCCCCUACCACCCACACACACUAUCAUUGUUGAGGGGUAUGGUAAUUCCUUCCCCACCUUGCACCAGCAUGCUCCUAUACAUAUGAUGCUGAAUUUUGUAACAGUAGGCAAAAUUGGUCUUGGAAACUGUGAUAUUUACAGUCUUGGGUCGAUAUUUAUUACAGAAAAGUGAAGGAAUGUCAUUAGGGAAAUAAUUCUUUUUUCAGACAGGGCUUGUCUUAAACAAUUGGACUUUAUUUAAGCUGUCUGAUUUUAGAAAAUGUUUAUGGCAGUAUACAAAGCAUUGUUUUCCCAGGGGGUAUUUAGAUUAAGCAUAGAAUGACCUUGAUUUUGAAGUUCAUUCUCUGUACAGUCUGGAAUAUUUAAUGAUAUUGUUGUGUUUAACACGGUAUUCUUGUAGUAUUUAUCUUUAGAAUACGUCUCUUAUCAUGUAUCUGUAUAUUCUUUUUCUUGUCAUACUUUGCUUGGUGUUUAUAUCUUCAAGUUAUAUAUGAAUCUGUAAAAAAGCAGUUGUUGUGUAUUGUUAAAUUGUUUUAAUAUAUCAUUUUUAAUGAUGGGAUUUAUUAUUUAUUACUUAUUUACUUGUUAUUAGUCAUGUGGAUAGGUGAUUGUUAAAGAUGUAGUGUUUUCAGGCAGUUUCUAAUGCUGGCUUAUAAUGUAGGUACUCUGAAACACCUUACCUCACCUGAAUCAAAGGUACAGGGUGAGCUUUUAGUAUAAAUGGAUGGUCCAUCAUCCAUUGUCCACCAUUUACAUAAACAUCUCCACAUCUGAAGCUGCUGUUCAGAAUUACAUUAAACUUGGUCUGUAGCAUUCAGGCAAGUUCAUCUCUAAAAAAUUUCAAAUGAUUGAACUUGACCCCUUUUAAUGGAUGUUACAGCAAAAAAUAUGAACACAUUUAAACACUUUCUCGUGAAUUUCUUGAUGGAUCUUCAUCAAACUUGGUAAGUAACAUUGUUACAAGGUAUUCUCCCAAAUUUAUUCAAUUGGGGACCUUCAACUCCUUCUAAGGACUUUUAGAGCUAGAAAUAGAAAUACUUUUAAACAGCUUCAUCUUAUGAACCGCUUGAUGUAUCUUCACCAAAGUUGUUCUGUGGCAUCAUUAUAAAGUCUUUUCCAAAGUUUAUUUAAAUGGAGACAGGGGCUGCUGGAGCUAAAAACUGAAAUACUUUUGAAUGACUUUUUAGCUCACCUGAGCAUGAAGUGCUCAUGGUGAGGUAUUGUGAUCACACUGUGUCCGGCGUGCGUGCGUGCGUCCUUCGUCAACAUUUGUGUUUAAACGACAUUUCUCCAAAACCAGUGAAUGUAUAUUGAUGAAACUUGGCCAAGAUGUUCCUUUGGUGAUCCUCUACCAGAGUUGUUCAAACAGUUCUGCUUGGUUGCACAUAGGGGCUGCCAGAGCUAAAAAUAGAAAAAACUUCAAACAACAUCUCCUCCUAAACCGAUGGUCCGAUUUUGAAAUUAUUUCACACAAAUGGUCCUUAUGUCACCCUCUACCAAGAUUGUUCAAAUUAUACCGAUUUGUUAGAAAAAACAUGGUUGCUGGAGGGCGUGGUCACUUUUCCCUUUAUGUAUAUAGUGGAAACUUUAAAAAUCUUCUUGUAUGAAACUGCUUGCCCGAUUUUAGAAUAAUUUUACACAAAUGGUCCUUGUGUGACCCUCUACCAAGAUUGUUCAAAUUAUUUUGAUUCAUCAAAAAACAUGGCCGCCAGAGGGCGUGGUCGCUUUUCCCUAUAUGUAUAUAGUGGAAACUUUAAAAACCUUCUUGUGUGAAACUGCUAGCCCAAUUUUAGAAUAAUUUUGCACAAAUGGUCCUUGUGUCAGUCCCACUACCAAGAUUGUUCAAAUUAUUUUGAUUCGUCAAAAAACAUGGCAGCCAGAGGGCGUGUUCACUUUUCCCUAUAUGUAUAAUGUGGAAACUUUAAAAAUCUUCUUAUUGGAAAUUGCAAGCAUGAUUUUAAAAUAAUUUUACACAAAUGGUUCCUGUGUGACCAAGAUUGUUCAAAUUAUUCCAAUUCUUCAAAAAACGUGGCUGCCAGGGGUUGUGGUCACUUUCCAUCUCUGAAACAAUAAUAGCUAGAGCCUUGAUAUUUGGCAUGUGAUAUCAGAUUUGUAAUGUCUACAAUAAUUGUUCAAAUUAUUGCCCUAGGUUCAAAAGUGUGUGUGACAUGUAUAUAAUAGAGGCGAACAUAAAAGAAACCUAACUCUAUAUUUAUACAAACACACUUGAAGCCUUGUACACAGGUGAGCGCUUUAGGGUCAAUGAACCUCUUGUUUCAUCUAGUGUCCUUUGUCAACAUUUUUACUUAAACAUCUUCUGUUCUGAAACUGCUGAUCACAGUUGUCCUCACACAAAUUUGUUCAAAUGAGGCACUUAACCUGUUUUAUGUUUUUGUAUUCUAAACACAGAUUUAUUAUUCAUGAUUCAGUGUGUCAUAUGUAUAUUCAAGGUCAAAUAGUCAAGGUCAGGUGAGGUAAGCAACUUAGGGCCACCAUAGCCCUUUUGUUUGAAAUAAUACUUGGUUAUUUAGAGGACCUACAAAUCAUUUUCUAUGCUUUAUUCCAUGUGUUUCUGUGACUGAAAAAUUGAGGUUCUAUCUUUAUAUAGUGGUACUCGGUGGGAUACUUUUGUUUUUGAACCAGUCAAAAUCGAAAGUUGUUUUCUGGUAUAUUUUGAAUAAGUCCAAAUUGCCAUUAUAUCGUGUUUUAAUAAAAAAAGAGCUGUCUUUGAAUAAAGAAUUACAUGUCAUACAGUCUUAAUCAUUUGAUUUGAAAAGUGAUAAUACCAAAAAAAAAAACACUGCUAAACUUAGUUACAUAUUUGCUGGUUUAAUAAGGCGUUUCAUUUUAGCAAAUUUGUUUUCGCAAGAUGUAUGUUCUGUUUAUAUACUAUGUCUUACCUGAUCAAAAGGAAACUUUAAAUGUUUUGUUUUGAAUAGUUCACUUUGUUGUUUUUUACUGAUUCAAGUUUAAGUAACUGAUUGAAGUUGAAGUUGAAGUUUAUUUUUAAGAUUGAAUUACAUUGUAUCUCAUGAACUGUUAACAUUUUCAUGUAUGUUUUGGUUAUAUUAAUGAAUAAAUGAAAUGCAAUA